UUUGAAAAUUAUUUGUCCUUGUGAUUAAAUGAAAGUUUUCUAAAGUGUUUUGGCUAGUUUUUCAAAAAAAAAAAAAAAAAAAAUAGCAAAGAAGGGGAUGAGAAAGUAAAAUCAGAAGGAAAAGGAAAACAGAGUAGGUGGGCGGUGAGAAUCAAAUCAAGUGAACUUGAGAACCACGUAACACCCAAGGAUCGUCCUCAAUGUCAUCAGAUCCUCCUCCAUCCACCACACUGUCACAGUACCUAGCAAUGCAAGACUCCACCCCAUCGCCACCAACACAAACACCGUCUCCAUUUCUCUCCUCCACACCCACCACCGCCUCCUCCGCUGCUAUCCCCAUCCUCUCAAUCAAAGACCCCAAAGCCCUCCUCUCAAUCAUCAUCGUCUUUUCCAUUUUCGCCCUCCUCAUCCUCCUCUUCUCCUCCUCAUCCUCCUCCUCCUCCUCCUCCUCCUCGUCAUUCUCCUCCUCCGCUGCCUCCCGCCAUUAUCGACCCGACCCAUUUCUCUUCCCCAACCAGCAAGCCCACCGCAUCAUCUACCACGACAACAACUCCUCAGAUCCCACGCCUCCCUCCAUCGCCUACCUCGUGUCCGGGUCAAAAGGGGACUUGGGUCGGAUCCUGAGACUUCUCCACGCCGCCUACCACCCCAGAAACCAGUAUCUCCUCCACCUCGACCGCUCUGCCUCCGAUUCCGAGAGGGAAAAGUUGGCUCUCAGAGUCCAAUCACUGCCCAUUUUCAGAGCUGCCCAGAAUGUCCAUGUCAUUGGUAAGGCCGAUUUUGUGUACCCAACUGGCUCUUCUGCUAUCUCCUUUACGCUCCAUGGCGCCUCGAUACUGCUGCGUCUGUCGCCCAAUUGGGAUUGGUUUAUCAGCCUCAGUGUUCGUGAUUACCCACUAAUCACACAAGAUGAUCUUCUUCACAUUAUGUCAUUCCUGCCGAAAGAUCUAAACUUUGUGAACCAUUCAAGUUAUAUCGGCUGGAGAGAGUCUAGGAGAUUGAGACCGAUAAUUGUUGACCCGGGGCUUUAUCUUUCGGAGAAAACUGACAUGUUCUAUGCUACACAGAAAAGGGUGUUGCCUAAUGCUUACCGGUUGUUCACAGGUUCUUCUUUUACGAUUCUAAGUCGUAAUUUCAUUGAAUUUUGUGUUGUUGGUAUUGAAAACCUGCCAAGGACUUUGUUGAUGUACUUCUCAAACACACCUUCUGCUCUUUCGAAUUACUUCCCCACCAUUCUUUGCAACUCCCAGCAGUUCAAUAAGACUAUCAUAAACCACAACUUAGUAUAUGCUAAUUCCGACACACCCCCUAGAGAGAAGCCCCAGCCAAUCAGUUCCACUGGUUAUGAUGCUAUGAUUCAGCAUGGAGCGGCCUUUGCCACUGGACUUCAGUUAGACGAUCCAAUCCUUGACCGAGUGGAUAGAGAAAUUUUAAAACGCAGACGAGGAAAAAUUGUUCCCGGAGGCUGGUGUUUAGGUGGGUUUGCAAAUGACACAUGUUCAGUGUGGGGGGAUGCUGAUAUUUUGAGGCCUAGUCCACGAGCAAGAAUACUUGAGAGACUUUUAGUCAGAUUGCUCUCAAAUGGCACAUUCCGGUCUCAUCAAUGCAUAUACGAGUGACUUGGAUCCUCAAUCCCACGGGACACAGAGAAACAGAUAAUGUAAGCUACCCACCCCUUCAACAUUUGGAAAUUUUGGAAGAGUACUGCUGCGGGCUGAUUUUUUUAGCGACACUAGCCUCGUUUAUACUGUGUUGUAAAAUGCAUUACAAGUCAUUGUGCUAAGAGUUGACCAAGUUGUCCUGUUGUGCAAGUAAUGUUUUGCCUCCACCCUCUACAAGGAAAGUAGUUUGUGUUUCUUUUUA